AUGACGUCUCGACAUCAACCAUUUCGCUUUUCAGGCGAAGACGAUAGACGCUCGUUGCAAGGCUUUUCUGAUAAUUUCAACAACUAUCUUGCAUCAGAUACAGACUUUCUUCAUGUCUCCAAGAUUAUGACAACGUAUGUUCAUGGCGAAAGCAUGAACGAUAAUGAUAAAGAAGUUCAAUGUGAUCUGUUAGAAGAGGACGGAGGCUUACAACUUGAUCCAACCAGAUUAUCAUAUCAUGAGCGUCUUCGAUGGCAUUUGAAAGAAUUUUGUUACAAAACGUCAAGUCAUGGCAUUCCCAUGUUGGGAUCGGCUCCUAACAACAUUUACAAAUCAAUUUGGUUAAUUUUAUUAUUUUGUUGUAUCUGCUCCUUCAUCUAUCAGGCUAUAGCCGUGGUGGAAAAAUAUAUGAAAAUGGAUAAGAUAACAGACAUUCAAUUGAAGUUUGACACAGCCCCGUUCCCAUCUAUAACUUUGUGCAACUUGAAUCCAUACAAGGACAGUCUCAUACGAAAUGAAGAAACUAUCAGUAAAAUUCUGGGUGUUUUCGAAAAGGUCAUGUCAGAAGCUGGAGCUGGAAACACCGAACAGAAUUUAGAGAAUAUGGGUAAGAUUGAACUGAGUAUAGGCCGACUGAAACGAGGAGGAGAUAAAGGAAACCUUGAACCUGUAAAUGCUGUAUGUUCGUGUGAGGACAGUUCGGAAUGCGAGGUAGAAACAGAUGAGCAAAAACGUAAAUCAGACGUGGGAGAAGAAGAAGCUAUGUGCAUAUGUGCUUUCGAUCGGGUAACAGAAGACGCUUGGCCAUGCCAUCAAAAGAUUCAUUGGAAAAACACGACAUGUCAUGUUUGUGAUGAUGUGCAUAACACCUGCGAGCAUAAGCUGAAGAGAGGAGAUAAACGUAAAAAAGGAAAACUGCCAUGUUUGUGUGAAGAAAAAAUGAAAUUCUGUCUGCGACAUAAUCAUACUCAAACAAUACUUAAUUUAUGGGAAAUAUUGGGUGCAAACAGCUAUGUCGAUGCAUCGUCAGAGGAAACAGAAGCCCUGGGUUUUGGUAACAUGACAGAUGAAGUAGCGAUUGUGACAAAAGCCAAAGAGAAUAUCAUUUUUGCGAUGAGCGCUCUUAGCGCAGAACAAAGACGAAAUAUGUCACAAGCAAAACACAAUUUGAUUCAUAAAUGUUCAUUCAAUGGAAAACCUUGUGAUAUUGACAGGGAUUUUGCCAUCAUUGCCGAUCCAACGUUUGGAAACUGUUUCACAUUCAAUCAUGAUCGAAAUGUUACAAAGAGUAGUAUACGAGCUGGUCCCAUGUAUGGUUUACGAGUAAUGUUAUUCGUGAAUGCUUCUGACUAUUUGCCAACUUCUGAAGCUGUUGGUGUUCGACUGACAAUUCACGAUCAAGAAGAGUUUCCAUAUCCUGAUACGUUUGGAUACAGUGCACCCACCGGAUAUAUUUCCUCUUUUGGAAUGCGAAUGAAAAAAAUGUCUCGUCUGCCGGCUCCUUAUGGAGAUUGUGUGGCGGAAGGAGCAACAGCCAAUUAUAUAUAUAAAGGAUUUGCAUAUUCAACUGAGGGAUGCUAUCGUACUUGCUUUCAACAGCUAAUAAUCGACCGUUGUGGAUGCGGAGAUCCUCGCUUUCCGACAAUCGAUGAUGUUCCUCUGUGUCAAGUAUUCAACAAAGAGCAUCGUGAUUGCUUAGAAAAAAGCUCACACGAAUUGGGAGACAUACAUGGAUCAUUCAAAUGCAGAUGUCAGCAACCUUGUAAUCAAACUGUUUAUACUAUGUCCUAUUCUGAGGCUAUUUGGCCUUCACAAUCUUUGAACAUUUCCCUGGGAACAUGUGAGAAAACACAAGAAGAAUGCAAUGAAGAAUACCAAGAGAAUGCAGCUAUGUUAGAAGUCUUCUAUGAAGCCUUGAAUUUUGAAGUUUUGACAGAAUCUGAAGCAUACGGAAUUGUCAAAAUGCUUGCCGAUUUUGGAGGACAACUGGGACUAUGGUCAGGAGUCUCGUUUAUGACAAUUUGCGAAUUUAUUUGUUUGGCAUGUGAAUUACUAUAUAUGAUUGGAAUGCACCAUUGGCAGAAGUACAAAAGAAAACAAUUUGAACGAAUGUGUGAUGAAUGA